CUCAGUUGCAAACAAUGAACGAAUUGAGCGCAAAUGAUAGGAGAAUGUUAUGGAAAAAGACCAAGAAAUUACAAAUAAUGUUUGGAGAAGCAUUGGAUGAAGAUAUUGUACGACAAGCUUUAACACUUCCAGUCAUUCAGUCAACUCCAGGUCAUUCUCCAAACAGUGAAAGAUUUAGCAGUGAUAGAUCGACAUAUAAUGAUCAUGAUAGAUAUAGUAGAAGUAGUAAUGGAUCAUUCAUGAACAAACAAAUUAAUCGUCGUGCAUCUGAUUCAAUGAUUUCACCAUUAAUUCCAUCAGAGUCGACUUCUAAUACUAUAACAUCAUCCAUAGUGACCCCACCAGCAAGUCCUCCCGUUUCACUCGAUGAAAAAUUGAGUAAUAAACAUACGAUCAAGGGUGUACCUUCAAUUAAUCCUGAUACUGUUCCAUUGAUUAUUGUUAACAAAGACACGAAAGAGUACCGCCGUAAGAAACUGCAAAAACUUUAUCGAUUCUUAGGCGAAAAAGUUCCUAUAAAUGCUGU